AAUUCCAAAUUGCUUGAUUGUGCCUGAUUGUUUUGUAUGUUGUGUUUCCAUGUUCCCGCUCGUUGCGGAGUCGGUGUUGGUUUUGUACUGAUUUCAGUGUCAAGAAAAGUUUGUUUUUGAGAAUUGUGAAAACUUGAACACUCGGCAAACUGUCGUUCAUAACAAUUAAACUAAUUAACGUGAAAGUGUAAAGUUUGCGGUGAAUACGCGAGGACGCGAGGAUUACAGCACAAUGACAUUAACGAGCAAUUUACAGAAUUUGGUGGUGGAUGCGGUGGACGUUGUGGAAUUCAAAUUGAUUCGCAAACGUGAAGAUGUCGAUUGUGAAGAUAUUGCCUUUCCUCCAGCCAUGGCUCAUCAAAUUUUCGGCGAAAAUGAGAAUAUUUUUGGCUACAAAGACCUUCAAGUACGUCUCAUGUACACAGCCGGACCUCUGGACAUAUAUGUUGGCAUAAAGUAUCAGCAACGAAUCGACGAUUAUCUCAGUGAUGGAUUAAAAGCGGAUGAUGUAGUUGGAAUUAUAGCUAGCAAAUUGCCCGAUGGAUGUUACUACACCAAUAUCGAUGAAUUUCUCAAAACCCUGGCUAAAUCUGAGACCUUCAAACCGUUCGGUGAGAAGCGUUGUGAAUACAAACUGCAGGACAGCUUCGGUGUUGACCGACAUUUCGAAAUCUAUCAAUGUGAUAUGAUCGAUAAUAAAUUCAGCAAAUUUUUCGAGCGAUUACAAACGUUUGUUUUGUGGUUUGUCGAUGCUGCUUCGUAUAUUGAUAUCGACGACCCGCAGUGGACUUUCUUUAUAUGCUACGAAAAAUACAAAGAACUCGACGGGAACUAUCAUUACGCCACAGUUGGUUAUACCACCGUUUAUAAGUACUAUGCAUAUCCGGAGAAUAUGCGUCCACGCAUAAGUCAAAUGAUGAUCUUGCCACCAUUCCAGAAAUUGGGAAUUGGGGCGAAGUUCAUUGAAACGAUUUACCAGUACUUCAUUGGCGACUCCAAGGUAAUCGACAUCACAGUAGAAGAUCCAUCAGAUGAGUUCCAAAGGAUUCGAAAUUAUGUUGAUGCAAAAUUAUGUAAAGAUUUGCCAGCAUUCAGUCCGACUGUGAUCAAGAACGGUUUCACGAAGGAUAUGGUAAAGGAAGCACGAGAAAAGUACAAGAUCAAUCCACGUCAGUGUCGCAAAGUCUACGAAAUUCUUCGGUUAAUGCACACGAACAUCCAUAACGAAAAAGAGUACAGAGAACUUCGCUUAGAUAUCAAGAAGCGACUGAAUCUUGUCUACUUCAAACAACUUCGAGAUAUUGAGAAAAUGACAAAAGUAGGAGUGGACACACAAUGGAUGACAGCAACACUGCCCAGUAAAGAGGAGCGACUUGAACAGUUACACAAGGAAUACAAAGAAUUGGAAAGCUACUAUGAGAAAAUUAUUAAACGCUUGAAGAAUCCAUGAAAUUAGAGGAUUUCUUGCUAAUUUGUGAAUCUUUAUGUCUGAAAUUGAGAAGAAGUUAUUUUUAAGAGUAUUUAUAAAGGAGUUUGUUUAAUUAAUGUUCAACAUGUGAAUACUAAUUAUAAUUUUUUUAUAGA